AUGCGCCCUCGUCAAGUCCUCUCAUCCCUGAUGGUGCCCGCCACGGCCUUCAGCCUGCCCACCAGCACCAGCACCAGCCCGACCAGCAGUCCCGUCGAUCUAGACACACGGGCUACAGCUGCCACAUCCGACGAUGCGUCGCCGACAUGUGACAUCGUCGACUUCCCCACCACACCCACCAACCCGCCCAAGUGCUGGGCCUGGUUCGCCAAGACGACGCCGUCAGACUACUGCGGCGAUAGCACCUUCACGCCCGUCGACAUCGCCGCCCCGGCCAACUGGCUAGCCGCGUGCGUAUCACUGAGAGAGACCCUGCUGGACGGCACGGGCGACUUCUUCCUGGCCGACUACGAGACCGACCAGUUCAACACCCUGCUGUCCCAGGACGGCUGCGCGCUCCAGCUCAAGCCGCAGACGGCGCCGUCGGACGAGCAGAUCUACGUCGGCGGCACCGACGUCACCGACAUCCUGGGCUCGGCCAUCGCCGCGAGUCGGGCUGGGAAGGUGGGCGUUGAGGGAACGAUGCCGUGCGGAGACGACACGGUGCAGUGGAGGAUGGUGCCUGUCUAG